UGCCGUGACGUACCUACUGAUCCCAGCCCGACUCUCACCUCAAUCACCUGAAAUCCUUCUUUCUUUGCCUGCCGCCCGUUGAACGCGACAUUUAACGGUUAACUCCAUUUCUUGGCCCAACACUCAUCAGGAAAAGCAAUGACAAAGCUCUACCAUUGCUGAAAUUUCCCACCCAACCAUAUUGCAACAAGACGAAGCAAAACGUCGCUCAAUCACACGUCACUUGAGCUGGCAAUUUCAAGGCAAACCCCCGGUCUUUGGGAGACUUUGAAAGAGCGGCUCCACGCAAACCUGGCAGGUCGCUACCUACAGACAAAAACUUUGGUGACUGCAGCUAGUCCAGGCCUUUUUUUAUUGAGGCGGGACAGACAGGCCGAGGUGGAGCACGGGGUCGGCCACCAGAAGCUCCAAGCCAAGCCACGCAACUCGUCCGCUUAUUCCGACCAAACCGGUGAAUGCACGACGACGGGUUGCUUGAUUGACCGGAGAUGACAGCACACUAAGUGGCUUCUCAACCAUGGACCCCAACGUCACGAGGCUGCUCAAUGAUAAGAUAUACGACAAGAGGAAAGUUGGCGCCCUAGAGCUUGAGAGGAGCAUUCGUGAACUAGUUGCUUCAAAGGACCAUGAAAGGAUCAAGGCAAUCCUUGAUCAGCUCUGCGCUGAUUAUGCGUACGCAUGUCAUCUUCCCCAUGCUCGGAAUGGUGGCUUGAUAGGCCUUGCUGCCGCUGCCAUCGCCCUCGGUCCUGAGCUGCCACGAUAUCUGGCUACUAUAGUCCCCCCCGUUCUAGCCUGCUUUGGCGACCAAGAUGCCAGAGUUCGGUACUACGCCUGUGAGGCCCUGUACAACAUUGCAAAGGUUGCCAAGGGAGAGAUACUCAAGUACUUCAACGCCAUUUUUGACUCGCUCUGCAAGCUCGGCGCCGAUUCAGAGCUCUCUGUAAAAAAUGGCGCAGAAUUGCUUGAUCGUCUGAUCAAAGACAUUGUUGCAGAGUCGGCCGCCACCUACGUGUCAGUACUCGAAUCGUCGCCGGAUGUUUCCCAGGAUUCCGAGGAGCCCAAGGAGGGUGUCGACGAUGAUCGUGGUAACCUGCCUACCGCCUUUUCGUUGAAGCGAUUUAUCCCGUUGCUUAGAGAGCGAAUAUUUGUAACCAAUCCCUUCACCCGGACGUUUCUGGUUGGCUGGGUGGUUCUACUCGACUCCAUCCCCGACCUCGAGCUCGUCACAUAUCUGCCCGAGUUCCUGGGGGGGUUACUCAAAUUCUUAAGCGACCCAAAUCGGGACGUCCACGUUGCCACGCAGGGAUGUCUGGACAGGUUCCUGAGCGAAAUCAAGCGCAUAGCGAGGAUCCAGAAAGGUAUCACGGAGAGUAGAAAGUCCAAGCAAGGAAAGGGGGACGGAAAGCGGAAGCGUGAGGACUCAUUAGACAGCGGCAGCAUACAUGAUGGCCCCGACGACCUUGACGAAGUGGACUCUCAAACGGCAAACGACGAAGAGGCCUCCAACGCGAGCGACGAGGAUGAUUGGAUACCUGGACAGGAUGUCGAGAUUAACUACAAGGCGAUAUUGGAGAUUCUGACAGCCACCCUUGAUUCAUCUUUGGACGAGGAUGGUCUUUUGGAGUCGUUGAGAUGGAUCGUGGAGUUCCUUGACAUCUGCCCAGAGCAGGUGCUCCCCUUCACACCCAAGAUUCUGGCCCAUCUGCUGCCAGCCAUGGCCAGCGGGGUUGAAUCAAUCCGAUUGGCAGCCGCCAGGGUAAACACUUCACUGAUGGAUUAUGUGGUAUCACUCACCGAUGAGCCUGAGAUAACCCAGGCCCCUGCAUCACGUAUCCCCGGCCUGGGAGGGGCCGAUCGCCAUGAUGGUGCGGCGUCUAGUGCUCGUCCUUCCCUUUCGGGCUCGGCGCGAGAUUUGGAGAUUAGGAGUCCGACGCCGGGACUCGCCAAGGGGGUGUCUACACCGGCGCGAUCCCUUACUCCCGCACCAUCUACCGAUGGGUUGGCACACCCUCAGGCGAACCUGGACUAUGCUGCAGCCGUAAACUCGCUUACGCUUUUGUUCCUGAAUGACCACGAAGCCACACGUGUGGCGGCCUUGACGUGGCUUAUCAUGCUGCAUCGCAAGGCGCCUAGGAAAGUAUUGGCUUUCAACGACGGCACCUUCCCGGCGCUGCUCAAGACGCUUUCGGACCAGUCAGAGGCUGUAGUGACCAAGGAUCUGCAACUGCUCUCACAAAUAUCGCGCAACAGUGAGGAUGAUUACUUUUCCAAUUUCAUGGUCAACCUCUUGCAGCUCUUCUCGACCGACAGAAGGCUGCUCGAGACUCGUGGUAACCUCAUCAUUCGCCAACUCUGUGUGAGUCUGAGCGCCGAGCGGAUCUACAGAACGCUCGCAGACUGUAUUGAAAAGGAGGAAGAUGUCGAAUUUGCGAGCAUAAUGGUUCAGAACCUCAAUAACAACCUCAUCACAGCGCCAGAGUUGCAGGAACUACGCAAACGUCUGCGGAACCUCGAGACCAAGGACGGACAAACCUUUUUCGUGGCAUUGUUUCGAUCAUGGUGCUAUAAUGCGGUGGCUACCUUUUCUCUCUGCUUACUCGCCCAAGCUUAUGAACAGGCCUACAACCUAUUGCAGAUCUUCGCCGAACUUGAGAUGACAGUGAGCAUACUCAUCCAGAUUGACAAGCUUGUACAGCUGCUGGAAUCACCCGUCUUCACAUACCUCCGCCUGCAACUGCUGGAGCCCGAAAAGUACCCGCACCUCUACAAGUGCCUUUUUGGGCUCCUGAUGCUCUUGCCUCAGUCAUCGGCAUUUGCAGCUCUGAAAAAUCGGCUCAACAGCGUGAGCUCCAUUGGUUAUCUGCACAUUGCACCCAGACCCGGAACGACGACACCUGGUGGUACCAAUUAUGACAGGCCCAACCGCCUGAAGGGCCGAGAAGAAGGGAUAAUCCGCUGGGGUGAACUUUUAGAAAAGUUCCGCAGCGUACAGGAGCGAGCAAGACGGCUGCAGCGGCCUGGGGGUCCCGGCGAUCUCAAUGAUGGCCCAGGCCUCGGCGGCGUUAGUGACCUGAGGAUAUCCGAGGGCCCCUUGGACACCAAGGGCAAGGAAGCCGCUCGGCAGCCACCCCCUGUUCCCCUGAAGGACGUGCCGAGCGCAGCGCAAACGAAGCCUAGAUCCGGACUGGGACGCCCGGUUUUCGGGAGGUUUGGAGGUGCUGGUGGAGGGAGAGCAAAGCGGGGCCAAUAGUGUUGAUGGUGACUGCCGUCUCGGCUGUGAGAUGCCGUAAUUAUUCCGAGAGCCUAGUACGUCAAGCCGAAGCGAGGGUUUUCUUGUUUUUUCUUUCUUUCUUUUUUUCUUUUCUUUCUUUUCCUUUCUCUCACUUCAGUCUUGACUCCUUACAUAGCAUCUAUGCAUGUGGUCGGCGCGAUCCAGGUUACGGUACUUUACUUUAGCGGUCUAGUUUGAAGCACACAUGAAUUCGACACAGCGUGUUGGACAGUCUGGUAUCGGUACUUCUUCCCACUCUUGCUCGGAUUAGCGAGGCUUGCGUGGCGUCUCUCGCUCGACAAGGCCUUCGAACACGGCAUCACGACGCUGCGUCAGCCGCUGCAGCUCAGCACGUCGGCUCUCGAGCUCGCGCCUGGCCUGUGCGGUAUCAGGCGGGAGGCCCUGAAACACCCUCACGCGGGCGUCAAGCUCCUUCUUCUGCUGUAAGAGCGCCAGGUAGGCCUCCUCCUCUGCGCGCACCUGCUCCACCGUCAAGCUCGGCACGCCGGCGGCCAGCGCGGCGGCACGGUCGCGGAGCUCGGGGACCUUGGCCUCGAGACCCCUGAUACGCCGCUGCGUGUCGAGGUUCAGCUUGGCCAGGUCGGCGGGUGGCCGAUACGCUGGGCCCUGCACCUCGGCCGCCAGAGACUCAGCCUCUGCGAUUUGGGCGUCCGCGUGCCGCCGGAGCGUAGCCACGCGGCCUGCAUCGGCCUUGACAUCGGCCGUCUGCGAAGCCACGGAGACCAGCGACGCGGAGAUUGCUGCCGGCGUGGGCGAUGCCAGGCCUAACUCUGUAGAUGCGGCGGCCAUGGCAUCGAGGGCGGCGCGGCCGUCGCGGGUGAGGGAGGCUUCUAGGGCGGUGAGG